AUGGCCACUGUAACUGUCAAUCCUCCUGCCUCAGGAGUAACCUUUGGUACGACACCAGCUGCUCAACCUCCGCCUGGACAGCCGGACAUCUCCUACCAUCCAGACUGGGACAAGUACCAAGCCCGCGUAGCUCGCCGGACUCAGACAGAGACUCUUACCAAAGAACUUCCAGAAGGGUUUCCCCAAGAGCUCAAGGGUGACUUGGUUUGGGAUGGAGAUAGUGUCGCUGAGAAGUAUAACUGGACAUACACUUUCUCAAAUGAGCAGCUUGAUGAGAUUGACAAGGCCCUUGCACACUUCAAAUCUCUCAACAUUGCAAAGGGUUACAUCUCCCAAGAAACAUUCCCUCUCCCAACCCUCCACUCCGAACUCCGCCGUCUCUCCCACGAACUACACUUCGGCCACGGCUUCUUCGUCCUCCGCGGCCUAAACCCCGAUCGCUAUACGCGCGAAGAAAACAUCAUCAUCUACGCCGGCGUGUCCUCCCACAUCGGGUCUAUCCGCGGUCGCCAAGAUGCAUACUUUGAAGGAAAGCGCGCCGAUGUAGUCAUGGGCCACAUCAAGAAUGUCUCCUCUACUGGCAAAGUCAAAGUCGGAAGUCCGGCCUACACGGCUGAUAAGCAGGUCUUCCACACUGACUCAGGCAAUAUUGUAUCGUUGUUUGCUCUUGAUACAGCUGCUGAGGGAGGAGCUAGUCGUUUGGCUAGUACGUGGCGUGUGUAUAAUCAUAUCGCAGCUACUCGACCAGAUCUCAUUCACACUCUGAGCGCAAACUGGGAAGCAGAGCUCUUCACAAAAACUGUCAACGACACAGACAAAAUCUCCAGUCGCCCAUUAAUCUACCACCAGUCGAACCCAGAGCGAAUCCUCCUCCAGUACGCCCGUCGCUACUACGUUGGCUUCGGCUCCCUCCCGCGCGGAAACCAUCUCGCACCUAUAUCGGAAGCACAAGCCGAAGCACUAGAUACCUUGCACUUCCUGGGUGAAAGGUUCAGUGUUAGCACGGACUUUCAAAAGGGUGAUAUGCAGUAUGUUAAUAACUUGGCUAUCUUCCAUGCGAGGGAUGGGUUUAGGGAUAGUGAGGAGAAGCAACGACAUUUGCUGAGGCUGUGGUUGAGGGAUCCGGAGAAUGCGUGGGAGACUCCCGAUGGUCUUAAGGAAAGAUGGGAGAGAGUUUAUGGGGGUGUUGAUCCUGAGUUGCAGACUUUUCCAAUCGAGCCUCAUAGUAGGAGUGAGAGCACGCCGGCGGCCAAGUCGGGGGUAUGA